AUGACAUUGGACCUACUUUAACAAGGUUCUGUUUUACAAAAUGAAAAUCCCUUUUUAUUUGAAAUCCAGUUGAGCCAACCCCCACUGUAUGGUAGGCGUACAUAAUUAAAAUUUUGUUGAGGACAAGGAAGAAAGGACAAGGAGACAAACUAAACUUCUUGAUAUUUUCGAAUUUGUGAAUCUAAUAAAAAUUCGUUUAAAUUCGGAAGAAGAAAUUAAGAGCGAAUUGUAGAACUGGUUUGAAGUGAGUGAGGGAAUAGUGCGCGGUGAUAAUAUCCUUGAACACGUUAUACAGGCGUGAUACCCGCGUUGCUAUUCGAGGACGUCAAUACUCAAGCGUUUAUCUUGGCACAUGAUGUCAUCGAAAAUUGAAUAAGGUACAAUAUGAACUCUACUUCAACAAAAUUCUCCAAUUUCGAACGAUGCGGAAUGCUCUUUUCAACUACAGCAACUACAACUACCAGCCGUCGUCGCCAUCGCCAUCAAUGGUACCCAUCGCAAAUAGUAAUCUGAGCUAUUCAGCCGAUUUCGACUCACCAAAAAUGAGAAGGGCAUUUACACUCCCAGCAGUGGAUGUAAGGAAUUUCGAAAGUAUGCCUGAAUUAGAUUCUUAUCGACACGACGACACCAUCAUCGUCCCCGAGGACACAAUUGUAUCUACUCCAGGCGUCAUUCCGCAGCGGCACCAACAACAGCGAUGGGAAGUCAAUUUGAGGCCUAAUGUCAAAGAUGUUAUUGCCACCACGGCCGGAAUUAGUCCACCGGAUCCCCACAAUCAGAGUGCUCUAUUUGCUGACACUAGACUUUCGAUUGAUUCGAGCCGUUAUAAAGCUGGAGAAGACCCGAAAGCAAUCGAAUCACAUUUUGAUAGUAAUAACGGAGUGGCAUCCCGAGCGGGGAACGCCAUCUUGAAAUCAGAUAGGCCUCCGUCCCAACAACAGCACCAUCCUGGCGAAGGCGAAGGAUCAAAUGAAACCCAAGGGCCUACUAGGUCAUGUAGUCUUGAGCGCGAUACCACGACCCUAUCCCAGGGGAGUGGAGUCUCUCUGCCGCCAGAAGAGCGCUCCUAUCCUCAUGACGUUGAGUCUGAGCCAUUUACGUUGGAUAAAUUACAUCCCAUCAAUAGAGAUGAAGCUCUCGGGAAGCUGUUGGCGAAGUUGUAUGACAAAGGCAUCAAGGAAAACGGUGACGGCAACGGAGGCGAAAAAUCAAGCGAGAAAUCGCAAGCAAGGUGCGCUAUUGAAGGGAAAAAUAUGUCAGUAAUAAAGGGCGAAAUAAUGGAUGCGAUGGAAUCUCAGUUGACAUCCGCACAAAUGGCGGAAAAGGUAAAAGACGACAAUAUGUCAAGUGGCAAGGACACCAUCAACGUCGCCGGCACGUUAAGCCACGCCGGGCGUGCGGAGAAAACCCCAGCGGAUUAUUUUCCCAACAACAUUAAGAAGAAGGAAAAACUGUCCAUUGAAACGAUUGAGAAUGCAAUCUACGGAGAGCGUAUCACCCCCACAACUUCUCUACCAGACAGAAUGUUGAAUUUAGAGAAGCUGGGGCAAGCUUUCUCCGAAAAUUUGAAGAUUGAUUCUGUGGGGGAUUCCGCGGAAAUUAACUCAAGGGAGGAAAAAUCAGAAGCGAAAGUUAGGAAUGAGAUGGAGGAAUUUGAAUCAAAAUAUGGUGGGGAGAAUGAGAACGAAGGCGAUGUUGAACAGCCCACGGGAAGCUUCACCGAAGAAGAUGCUAAUCAGCAAUCAAGUGAAGUGUAUAAUCAAAAUCAAAUCGACCAUGACCCUGAACUGGCGGUUGAGGGGAAUUAUGAUACGCAAGGUCAUGAGUUUCAGAAUUAUGAGAACGUGGAUUAUCAAAACGACACGAAAACGUUAGAUACUUCGCAGUACGGAUUUGAAGGGCAGCAAGCUACCUAUUCAGACUAUAAUUAUCAGCAAAGUCAAGACCAACAGCAGGGCUAUGACCAAUUGCAGACUGCGGAGCAGGUUUAUUAUCAGACUAAUGAUCAGAAUUAUGGAGCGCAAGGAGAGGCCAACUACGAUACGGUUUCUGAUAUGCAGUACCCUUCAUAUCCUGACACGAAUUACACUGUGAAUCAGGAGCAGUAUGAAAGCUACAAUCAAAACUACGAAAACUCUUAUCCGGUUGGGGAAUAUUCACAAAAUUCAGAAGGUCAAAAUACGCUUGAUCAAACUCAAAUGCCUCCUGUUGAAGCUGGGUAUGGUUAUGAUCCACAAGAACCGGCAAAUGAGGUUGAUUAUGAUUCCAACACGCAACAGUAUUCCAAUCCUCAGUAUGAGGAGCAACAAUAUUCGGAAGUACCUCAAGAAUACUAUCAAUACGACGAAAAUGGUCAAUUUAUUGCUGAUUCAUAUGUCCCUCAACGAAAUGAAUAUCCAGCAGAUACAGAUGCACCAAAUUCUGAAGCGGUUAUCCCGGCGGAAGGCGUACUCGAAGCAUCGGAACAAAUUUCUGAAAACGAUUUAAACCCUCCACAAAGCUUUGACGAGAAACCUUCACCGGCGGCAGCAAUUGCGCCUCAAGAAGAUUCAAUUCAAGAAGCCGCUCCUGAGCAGUUAGAGCCUGUAAAGCCAGCAUCUAUAUUAGCCACCAGUGAUAAAGCAUAUGAAUCAUCUCCAGCAUCAUCCAAUAAAAAUAAAAAGAAGAAACGAGUUAUUUUCGCUGACAACGAAACUGAAGAAAGCUCAUCUAAGGUUGCUCACACACCUACCAAGGAUGUAAACUCUGUAUCGCGGCCUGUCGCAGCUGGAGGCGCAUCCACUGCUACGAAAUGAA